CACGUCGCCAUGUUGGAUCUGCGGACGUAAAAGAAGAAGUUGCAAUUUUCCAAAAUUACGUCUGAUAUUCAUUGUAUUAGCGCUUAGGUAAGAAAUAUGGGAGGUUCAGCAAGCUCUCCAGUACCAGGUGGAGGAACUGAGGGGUACCAUGUCUUGAGAGUGCAGGAGAACUCCCCAGGCCACAAAGCUGGACUAGAAGCUUUCUUUGACUUCAUAGUUGCAAUAGGAACAACAAGACUUAACCAAGACAAUGAAAACCUAAAGGAAUUAUUAAAGACUAACAUUGAGAAGCCAGUACAGAUGACUGUCUACAGCAGCAAGACACAAAGUGUCAGAGAUGUCUCUAUCACUCCAAGUCACCAUUGGGGAGGACAGGGCCUACUUGGGGUCAGCAUUAGAUUUUGUUCAUUUGAAGGUGCUAAUGAGAAUGUGUGGCAUGUAUUGGAGGUACACCCCAACUCUCCAGCCUCCCAGGCUGGUCUACAUUCAAACAAUGACUACAUCAUAGGGGCAGACUCCAUUCUACAUGAGUCUGAAGACCUGUUCACUCUGAUAGAAUCCCAUGAAGGCAAGCCUCUGAAGCUAUAUGUUUAUAAUACAGAUACUGAUGGUUGUAGGGAGGUCACAAUUACACCCAACUCAUCUUGGGGUGGGGAAGGAAGUUUGGGUUGUGGUAUUGGCUACGGCUACUUGCAUAGGAUACCAGAUGUUGAGAAAUUUCCCCCAACUGUAUCAAUCCAAGGAACAGCUGCAGCCUCUCAGCCUCCUAAACAGGAUGGAUUUUCAGAGGUUUCCCUGGCAUCCCCAGGUCAAGGUGCUGGUGCUGCGGGUGUGGCUCAGAAUAUGGCCAACAUGUCACUAGGAGGACCCCCUCCAACUGCUUUCAACACAGCUAGUCCUACAAUACCUGUAAUUCCACCAUCAAGUGGAGGUGAUACAUCAGGAGUUACCCCCCAGGGUGGUCUACCAGGGGGAGUAAACUUGACUGGUACCCCAGGAGGGGCUUCAGCAGCAGGUGUGACUGUACCAUCAACAUUCCCUAAUAUCCCUGGUCUGUCAAACCUGCCCCCAAUGAUGGCCCCAAUACAGAUUCCAGGCAUGCCCCCCAUCAGUAUGCCUCCUCUCAAUCUACCAGCUGGGAUGCCCCCUCUCCCAACAACGUCAAUGUUACCAACAAGUCUCCCGCUCCCUACAAAUAUAUCAAUCCCCCCUCUACCUAUGACAGAUGUGUCAAGCUCUGUCCCCCAGGUGCCUGUGACAACAACAAGUCCUGAUACCCCAGCAGCCACGGAGGCAAGUGAACCAGCACCUCCAGCAGAUUCCACCACAACAGAUCCUGCAACUGCGUCGUCAUAACAACCAGACAGACACCAAAGGACUAGAGAAUAUAAAAAUUACAUGGACCGUAGAUAGGCCUAUUUAUGAUCUGAAAUAUGGCAUCAAAUGCAUCGGGAUACUUUUAAUUCUCAUAACUUUUGAACAUUAUUACUUUCUACACCUGUUUGGAGCUUAGAGGAGAUAAAAGGAACCUUGGGGUAAACAUGAAUCUUCACUUUGGCAAUAUUUAUUUUUCUAAACUGAGACCUGAUGUGUAAUUUAGAUCAGCAAGUCAUAAACAUGUGUUUGUCCUUGUAGCUCAAGAAGAGACUACUAGUUAAUAACACUAAGGCUUCUCUUCAAAUUUCACAGCUUGUUUCAAAAACAAGUUGGAUAUAGAAAAUGUAAUGUUGAUAUCAACAAAAUGCAAAUUGGAUGGAAAGGAUUGAAUCAACCAUGCUUUUAAUGUUUUGGUCUAACUGAAAUUCGAACAUGACUGUAUUCACGCUUUCUAAAAACUGUGAACAAAGUCAAUAUUUCACCCGGUAUGUAUUCGUCAACACUGCACCUGGUAA